AUGGCAUCAGAGCUCGAGCCUAUUGAUAUCAUGGACAGUGAUGAUUCAACCUCCAUCAAAGAGGAGAAACCCAAUGAAUCAGGGCUCCCCCCUCUUGAGUCAUUCACUGAAAAUACCAAAACUGCUGCUACCUCGAAGACCCAUAUUCCUAUGAUACCUAGCAGCAAGAGGGGUCCCAAGCUUCGUCCAGGGGUGUGGCUCUCUGCGGGAAUUUCCCGUAAAUAUUUGGUGCACGAUAUUCCUAUUGCUGGAGUCAUCAAUGAGCACGGAAUCCCUCGACCUUCACUGAGGGGGCCAGAUAUAUGGCCCGCCGAGGAUACCAUCGCAGAGAUUACUCGAAUGGCCGAGGCUAAUGACUUGUCGGCGAUACAAGAAGCCAAAUCUCUCUUCCACCUCUCUGGCUUCCAGAAAAAUCAGCUGCGUGAUGCAUACAUCUGGAUUGCACUACGACAACAUGAGGAUGGCAGUUUUGUCAUGUCCAAGUCUGCCAGAGACCGCCUCGUUCCUGACUGGCGCGAGCUUCUAGACUCCAAGCACAAUGCUCCGCCUCCUACUACACUUGACUUGCGUCAGAGCGGAACUGCGAUGGCUUCUUCUCAUGAUCUGCCGAUGAACCUCAACGAGAUUUUCGAUCGCCUUGAUAACCAGGAUGCUAUUAUCAAAUCUCUCUCACGCCAAGUCGAGAGUAAAUACACUGCCAUCGGGCAGCUUACCCAGUGCAUUCAUGCCCAAGUGGCUAGCAAUCAACAUGUUGUUGCUGGUCUUCGUCAAGCUGAGCGUGCCAUGGAGGGCCCGUUGGGGGGCUGCCGACAGCAGUAG